AUGGCAAACUCCUACUUAGAUGGCUUUGACUUGCCCCCCUCAUCUAGCGAAGAAGGCGAUCAGCAGGAGUCAGAUACAGAAGGGAAUCAAGAGCAAGUGAGGCCUGAGCCUUUCCUGCGCUACAAGGCAGUGCGGAUCUUUUGGCCCCGCAUACAAUUCACGUAUGCUGUGUGCGACGAGACGGAAAUUCACAGCGAAUGUGUUCUGCCUGGCGAGAUUGCUGGUCAAGGAUUUCCGUCUGAUGCAGAGAGGCAGCAGCAGCUGGAGGUUGCAGCGCUGAACGUUGGCAUGGUGUUGCUGGCCUGGUAUUGGAUGGCCUGUGGACAUCGGCGGGUGGUGGUCAGCGCUGGUUAUUUAGAUUCAGACCAGGUGGCCUGGUGGGAGUGGUUUUACGCCAACUGCUUUGCCGAAUUUGCGUUCAUCAAUGGCUUCACCGAGGAGCAAAUACGCCUUUUGAUUGAAGUGGAUGCCCCACAGAAGGACCCUCCAAGCUGGCCAAAGUGCAAGCAGACAGCAAGUCCACCCAGCCUCCCAAAUGCCAAGGUGCUCUGCCUGUUGGGUGGGGGUAAAGACAGUUUAGUGGUGCACCAGAUGCUGCGGGACGCUGGCGUUUCAAACCUCACCUGGCUAUAUGUCGGUGAUGGGCUCCAAGAGUUCCAAUCAAGUUGGAGGCUGCAGGCUGCAGUUCAGAGGUCCGGCUCACCUGCGCUGGUGAUGGCACAUGAUUUCCAGAAUGAAGGGCUGGCAAAGCUGCGCAAAUCCCAUCGGUUGCACGCAUGUGGGCAUCCGUGGGCCGCGCUUGUUGGCUUUGAUGCAGUUCUGGUCGCACUUUUAGGCUGCUAUGACUAUGUAGCUGUUGGCAAUGAAAGAUCAGCAAACUUUGGCAACGGUGUCCGCGUUGGCUCCCUCGAGGUCAACCACCAGUUUGAUAAAAGCUUUGAGUUUGAGUCUCGCAUGCAUGCAUAUGUGCUGCAGAAUGUUGCUCCAGGGGUCUACUACUUCUCAGCCCUACAACAUCUUUGGGAAGUGCAGAUUGCUUGGCUUUUCUGUCGGCGCUCAGCUUCCUUCCUGGACAUAUUUAUCAGCUGCAACGACAGCGACGGUCUGAACGAGUGGUGCUGUGACUGCGAUAAGUGCUGCUUUGUCUUCGGAUUGCUGGCAGCAUGGGAGUCUGCAGGCGUGCUCGCCAAGCAUUUCGGGAAGAAUUUGUUUGAGCACCCAAAGCUGAUACAGAACUUUCAAAACCUGCUGGGCAUCUCCACACGCGUGAGUGAGGUGGAGCCAUGGGGCCCGCAAAAUUCAGGAACCAGCCUGGCUAGGAAACCUUUUGAGUGUGUUGGAACCCAGGAAGAGGUUUUGCUGAGCCUGUGGCUUGCCCGGGAAACUUGGAGGGGAGAGGGCUUGCCCCUUGCGCUCGCAUCGCUUCCGCUGAAUGGCGGCCAGGAGCAUUUGGACCUUCUUUGCGACUACAAUCCAAGAAACCUUCUGCCAGAAUGGUUGCUGCCCUGUGUUACAGGCGACUCUACGCUUGUGAGCCCUGAGCACGAAGAGUUCCGCAAGCCUUCUGACAAGCUCGCGUAUCUUUGGAAAGCUUUCUGGAGCACUGCUCUGUCAGCGAUCUUGGGUGAGCUGAAGCGGCGCCAGGCUAAAACAGUCCGGGAGAAAUGGCCGCUCGGUUUGAAGUAG